AAAUUUUCUUAUUACAUUACAUUUCAUUUCUUCUGAAUGCGAUGUUCAGUUACAUAGAACUCUUCCACGGAGAGUGAAUUUUUGAGCAAACUGCAGAGUGAUUCCACCUAACCUUCGAGUCAUCUAGUCCUCCUACAUGUCUAAAACCCUUCUCUCUCGUAUCGAAACCCUCCGCAACUGCAAACCGAAAUCAUCUUCCCCCUUCUCCAGCCAUCUCAGAGGCGACAUCAAGAGGCUUGUUAAUGACAGCAUUCAAAUUCUCAAGUCCCACGAGCAAUGGGAACAAUCCCUUCAAACCCAUUUUACUGAAUCCGAUAUACCCAUCAUAGACGUUACCCAUUUCGUUUUAGACCGAAUUGAUGAUGUAGAACUGGGUUUGAAGUUCUUCGAUUGGGCGUCAAAGAAUUCCCCCUCCGGUUCUUUAAAUGGGACUUCCUACUCUUCGCUGUUAAAGCUACUAUCGAGGUUUAGAGUGUUUCCGGAGAUUGAGUUCACACUCGAAGAAAUGAAAACUAAAGAAACCAUCCCGACCCGUGAAGCGUUGAGUAAUGUACUUUGCGCAUAUGUGGAUGUUGGGUCGGUUGAUAAAGCUCUUGAGGUCUAUCAUGGCGUCGCCAAGUUGCACAACAGUCUUCCAAGUAUGUAUGCUUGCAAUUCUUUGCUUAAUUUGCUCGUUAAACACCGUAGGUUUGAAACUGCACACCAACUGUAUGAUGAAAUGGUUGAUAGAGAUAAUGGGGAUGGCAUUCAUGUGGAUUAUUAUACCACUUGUAUCAUGGUGAGGGGCUUAUGUUUGGAAGGUAGAAUUGAGGAUGGUAGGAAGCUGAUUGAAUCUAGAUGGGGGAAAGGAUGUGUGCCCAACGUUGUGUUUUACAAUACACUCAUUGAUGGAUAUUGCAAGAAAGGUGAGGUUGAAAGUGCGUAUGAACUUUUUAAGGAAUUGAAGACGAAAGGAUUUAUUCCUACGUUACAAACUUUUGGUUCCUUGGUAAAUGGAUUUUGCAAGAUGGGAAUGUUUGAAGCUAUUGAUCUUCUUUUGUUGGAAAUGAAAGACAGGGGCUUCAGUGUAAAUGUUCAGAUAUAUAAUAACAUUAUUGAUGCUCAAUAUAAGCUCGGUUGUGACAUUAAAGCAAAGGAUACACUUAAAGAAAUGUCUGAGAAUUCCUGUGUACCAGAUCUUGUGACUUAUAAUACUCUAAUAAACUAUCUAUGUAGCAGGGGGGAGGUCAAGGAAGCUGAGAAGCUCUUGGAACAAACAAUAAGGAGAGGAUUGGCACCGAAUGAGUUCACUUAUACCCCUCUUGUUCAUGGGUACUGUAAACGAGGGGAAUAUACUAGGGCCACAGAUUUGCUCAUUGAGAUGUCAACAAGAGGGCUUGAAAUUGAUAUGAUUUCGUACGGAGCUUUAAUCCAUGGACUUGUUGUUGCAGGGGAAGUCGAUAUUGCAUUGACAAUCCGCGACAGAAUGAUGAACCAAGGAAUCUUGCCUGAUGCGAAUAUCUACAAUGUUUUGAUGAAUGGACUUUUCAAGAAAGGGAAACUUUCCAUGGCAAAGGUGGUGCUUUCUGAGAUGCUUGAUCAAAAUAUAGCUCCUGAUGCAUUUGUUUAUGCUACUUUAGUGGAUGGGUUCAUUAGGCUUGGCAAUCUUGAUGAGGCCAAGAAACUCUUUCAGCUCAUUAUUGAAAAGGGUCUAGACCCCGGUGUUGUUGGAUAUAAUGUCAUGAUCAAAGGUUUCUCAAAAUUUGGGAUGAUGGACAAUGCAAUUUUAUGCAUUGAUAGAAUGAGGAGUGCACAUCAUGUUCCUGACGUAUUUACUUUCUCCACCAUAAUUGACGGAUACGUAAAACAACACAACAUGAAUGCUGUGCUGAAGAUCUUUGGACUGAUGGUGAAGCAGAACUGCAAGCCUAACGUUGUUACUUACACCUCUUUGAUCAAUGGAUAUUGCCGCAAGGGAGAAACUGAGAUGGCUGAAAAACUUUUUAGCAUGAUGCGAUCUCAUGGGUUGGAGCCUAGUGUUGUGACAUACACUAUACUUAUAGGAAGCUUUUGCAAAGAAGCUAAGCUUGGAAAAGCUGUGUCAUAUUUUGAGCUUAUGUUGAUUAACAAAUGCACUCCUAAUGAUGCUGCAUUUCAUUAUCUAGUCAAUGGGUUUACAAAUACAAAAGCUACUGCAGUUUCAGGAGGACCAAAUAAUCUUCGUGAGAAUUCCAGAUCGAUGUUUGAGGACUUCUUUUCGAGAAUGAUAGGUGAUGGAUGGACGCGAAAGGCUGCUGCUUACAAUUGUAUUCUCAUUUGUCUUUGUCAGCAAAGAAUGGUUAAAACUGCCUUGCAAUUGCGCAAUAAAAUGCUGUCUUUGGGACUUUGUUCUGAUGCUGUUUCUUUUGUUGCAUUGAUACAUGGCAUUUGCUUGGAAGGAAACUCAAAAGAAUGGAGGAACAUAAUUUCUUGUGAUUUGAAUGAAGGAGAACUUCAAAUUGCCUUGAAAUACUCACUUGAACUAGACAAGUUCAUAACUGAGGGAGGUAUUUCUGAGGCUUCAGGCAUUUUGCAGGCUAUGAUUAAGGGUUACGUGUCUCCUAAUCAGGAUUUGAACAAUUUGAAGGAGCCAAAUAUGGAGAAUGGUAAGGAACUGAGAUAGCUCAAUCUGUACAACUAAAAGAAAUUUGAACUACUUUAUGCUGGCCCUAUCUGUGAGUUGGGUUUUCUUAGAUAGUUAGACGUCAGCAGACAGCCCAUUUUUACAUCCUGGCUUAUAGGUAUCGGCAAACAAAAGCUAGAGAGCCUUUGAGACAAGCAUUUCUAGGUUCAAUGAUGUAUACCAUAUUAGAGAAAUAAAAAGUUGUGUUUGAAAAAUAAA